AAGACUCUUUUUUUUUAAGAUGGCUUGAAAAUAAAAAAAAAUUAGACUUUUUUUUUUUAAGAUGGUUUGUGAGAAUAAUCAUUGUUAGUGUGUUUUUUUUGUUAACUUUGUGAAAUGAUGUGUUGGUAGUACUGGAUUAGUUUUGGUUGAUUGAAUGGUGUAAAUGCAGAUGGGAUGGGAACGGCUGAGUGGAUGUCGGCGAAGUCUACGGCUUAUUUCAAGCGUGGAGACUAUGUUCCUGGCUUGAAGGUGUGAUUGAUUGUCUUUUAUCUUGAUCUUGGAACGAUGCAAUAUAGCUUAUGUCUCUGAUUGUUGUUGUACAGUAGACUAGUGCAAUUUAGGAUUCUACCGAAAAGUAAGAUAUGGGGGUAGGAAAUGGAGUUUAGGAUCAGUUUUUCCACACAAUUUGAAAAGGAAAGGACAAAUCUUUUUAUAUUAUGUUAUGCAAUAAGAAUGGUCUAGGUCAUGGAUGGGAAUAGACAGAAUUUUGUUCAAAGUAUCUGUCUUUGUAGUUUGGAGAGUGUGACAUUAAGCUAAGUCAGCUAAGUUGUGAUCAUCUUCUGUUGUUGUGUACUAGGUGGAUGGUAUGGAUGCACUAGCUGUGAAGCAAGCGUGCAAGUUUGCCAAAGAAUACGCACUCCAAGAAUGGACCUAUUAUCCUUGAGAUGGACACUUAUAGGUACCACGGUCACUCAAUGUCUGACCCAGGAAGCACUUACCGUACAUGUGAUGAGAUCUCAGGCGUGAGGCAGGUGCGAGAUCCCAAAGAUAGAGUGAGAAAGUUGAUCAUAUCUCAUGACAUAGCUACUGAGAAAGAGCUCAAGGAGAGCCCUGUACCGGAUUCAUCUGAGCUUUUCACAAAUAUAUAUUUAAAAGGUUUCGGAGCUGAGGUAACUUUACAUAUCUUCAUAUCCUUUGGACAACACUUGGAUAUGUUCUUCCACUCAACUCCUGAUAUAUGCAUUUCCUCUUUGCAAUUUGCAGUCUUUUGGAGCAGAUAGAAAGGAACUGAGAGCAACACUUCCAUUUCCAUAAACUUUAGUCGUGUUAUUCCCGUCACAUAUCUCGUCUCUUACUUACAUAUAUCCUAACCGCAAACUCCUGGAGGAGAAUCCGGUUUCAAUAAAUUCAAGACAAUGCAACAAAAACUUGCUCCAAUCAUUUUGGUUUUCUUUACUCAAUUCAAGUGUAGAGCUCUUUUGUUCCCAUUUUAACAACUCUUUGGGAUUGUUAUCAAAACGUUAAUUCUUUUAUUUGAAGGGACAAUUAUUGUCUCCAAA